CGGGCGCGCUGAAGGCCCACUCCGCGGAGCUGCAGGCCACGAGGGCCGCCGCCAGGGCGGCGCGCGAGGGCGCCCCCGCCGCCGCCGGGCGCCACGCGCGGCCUCCCCCCUCCGCGGCCGCGCGGAGGGCGUGCCCACGGGUGCCGCCGAGGCACGGGGCCCGCAGCGGGCGCCAUGAGCAGGGGGAGGGGGGGAGGGGAGAGAGGAGGACGGGGAGGAGGGAAGGCGAAGGAGCGAGGUGGAGGACGGGCAGCAGCAAAUGGAGACCGAAGCGGUGCCCGCCCCGGCAGCCAGAUCGCCCCCUUGGGCCAGAGGUGGCCAUGGUCCGUGGACCUUCGGUGCCCUGCAUCGACGAUGGCGCCGACGCUGACGCCGACGCCAGCGCCGACGCGACAACGACAACGACAACGACAACAACAACAACAA